UUAGUCGCAGUCUGGCCCAGUCUCGGUUACUCGUGACGCCAGUACGGGACCAGCGAGCCCGCCUCUCCUCGCCUGGCACAUUAACCUGGAGACGAGGAGGACGAGGAAAUCAAAGAGGCGGCAGAAGACCAUUAUAUACGUCACUGGUGUCUCUUCCUUACCCGGCUCGCCAGUUAAGCUUCAGGCAAGAGAAGCGAGCACAGACCAGCUGUGGCAAGGCGUGUGGCGGGAUGGAGGGGCGACUCCCUCCUCCAGAAGAGAUGGAAUGGGACGAGGAAGGCUUCCCUGUGUCGACGCUGGCGAGGGUGGGGGAGGCGUGCCGCACACAGCCUGACGAGGAGAGCGGAGAGUGGGUGCAGCAGCAGGUGUUCGUCCUUAGGCAUCACUCUAGGGAUCCCUCACCCCAGCCCGGUGCUCAGCCGCGCCUCGUGCAGGAAGUAGUUCACAUUCAUUGGCCACUGGUCGAGCGGGGACAGAUUCUCCGAGGGUACACGCACAGAAUGCUUUCACGCUUCAGCGAGGACUUGGCGCGAACCCAAGGGAACACACACUCGCGGCGGCAGCCUCGCGCCGCAGCCCACCACGGUGACCUUGAGGUCCUCAAGUCACGGCCAAUGUUCCAGAUUCCACCAGAGAUUUACCAAGAACUGCCUCAGAAAGGGGCGGGCAGGGGCGGCACCAGGAUCUGCACCAUAACCAUAUGGAAGGAGUUCAUCUACGCCCCGUCCGUGCUGAUGCUGGAGCAGCAGCACUUCACGGACCGCGGGCUGCACGGUCUCAAGCCCGUCACGUGCCGCCUCAGUAAGUUCGUGAACCGAAAAGUCGUCGACUGGUCUUUGUACGUGUUCUUCUUUGGCGUGUAUUUCCUCUACUGCUGCAUCUUUAGUGACGUCCUCGAGCUGGGCCUCUACCUCCUCUUCGGGAGUCACCUGUCCUUCCACCAGCUGGCCAACAGCUCCAACAUUGACGUGGCGUUUAAAGGAAGCUUCUUCGAGGGGCCCGCCUACGCCCUCAUCAGGAUGUGCUGCCAACACUGCACACAGCGGGAGAAUGCGAAGGUGAUGUGGCGCCACAUGGCCAAGAUGAAGAAGGACAUUAUGAACGCUAAAGUUGCAUAGUGUGUGUGUGUGUGUGUGUGUGUGUGUGUGUGUGUGUGUGUGUGUGUGUGUGUGUGUGUGUGUGUGUGUGUACAUAUGCAUGUAUUUAUAUAUAUUCAAGAGCGUCUAUAUUGGAUGAAAUAUGCCCUCGGGCAUCAUUUCAAUUUAACACGAAAGUCAUAAUAUCACAAAAUUUUGUGUGAAUCUCCAAAUGCAAAGAGCAUCACACUGUCUCUUCAUCACUUCAACCUCAUUCCAUUACACACACACACACACACACACACACACACACACACACACACACACACACACACACACACACACACACACACAC